UUUUAAAUGGAUCCCUAGCCAAUGCUUAACUUUGCUUUCGUGCGACAAAUCAUAGAUAAAUGCUUGGAUGGAGUUGCAAAUGGUGAUGUGAGGUCGGUGUCUUGGUGAACGAAAAGAAAAGCGUUCAGAAGGGACUUAGUCUAAUGAGUGGCUUAGCGCAGCGCAAGCCCAGAGCUUGGCGGGGUGACGGAGAACGGAUCAUCAGGUUCGGAACAGUGAACACUUUGACAUAUGAGCUAGCCCUAUUACUGUUCGUUCUAUAAAAGCAGCCCCAAAGAUUUGAAUGUUCAGCAGUCAAACUUUGUAACCCGUCCCCAAAACAAGUAAUUGCGGAAGAUUUUACCAUAGCGGUCAUGUCUAUGGAAUACGCCACGGGUGCGUUCUCGAGCAUCAAGCUCCAAGACUAUGUCGAUUUUUCAAUCAAAGCAGGAUUUCCCAAAGAAGUCUCGAAGCAAUUUCUGGGGCUAAAAGUCACAACCACUUUGGAACCUGUGAAGGGCAAGUCCAAAACCUGGAAUAUAGCGAUUGAGUGUCGGGAGAUGCCACAACUGGGAUUCGAAGACAUUUUUGAGGAUGGCGUGGAAGUGGAACGAGACGUGGUGUACCUUGGUGGCAAAACUAAGAUGCUCUACACUAUGGUCGGAGACAACACAUUCAAGGUCAAGUGCCAAAACGACAUUUUGGGAACCUUGUUUAUCGAAGAAGUCUUCACGCCGGAAGGAGUUUAUGCCAAGCUCACUCAUCCGGGUUCCAGUUCAACCUUGAAUGAGUUUUUGUUUCGAGAGGGCAAACCAAAGGACAUGAGUUGCACUCAAGGUCUCUACGCUCGCAUAAAGGACCAAGAAGACGUGGACUUUGCAAUCAAGGCCGGAUUUCCCGAGGAAGUGGCCAAGACAUUUCUGGGAGUGAAGAUUAUUACAGGAGUGGAAGAGGUCGGUGGCCAUCCCAUCAGGAGGCGCUACACCAUUGAGUCCCCAGAUAUGCCCCAACUCAACUUCGAAGGAACGUACGAGGAAAAUAUUGAGCAUGACUUGGAUAUGGCCUAUUUUGGAGGCAAGACCAAGGCCUUAAUUCAAUCCACAGGGAGCAAUAGGUUUGUCGCUAGAUAUAAAAACAAUACCAUUGGAACUCUCGUUAUGGAUGAGGUCUAUGCUCCCAAUGGUGUCUUUGUCAAGGUCAUCCAUAAGGACAGUGGAGCAACCCUGGACGAAAUUUGGAAGCGCAUCUAAAUCAGCAUGUCUAAUUGCAAUUAGAGCAUUCUUCUUUUAUCUUUAAUGCAAUACAUGUGCAAUGUACAACUAAA